AUGGAAGGGACUCAAGCAAAGAAAGUGACAUUUACAUCACAGGCAUAUGCAUUAUUAAUGAAAAACUUAACUUUGUUAUUUAGAAAUAAAUGUGCAUUAUUUUGCCAAUUAUUGCCAUUAAUUGUUAUUAUUUUAUGUGGAAUUAUUGUAUUAAUUAUGAGGGCAGACAGAGAACAAAGUAAAUUACCAUAUAUAGUUUAUAAUACACCUGAAGACGCUUGUUAUGAUGAUGGAUGGAAAAUGAUGAACCCACCUAGGGGAUGGUAUGUGGGUGAUUAUAUUGGUACUCAAGACCCAUCUCAAUGUUCAAAUAAUGCUACAGUAUUAGAUUCUAUACCAAGAAUGAAAAAUAGUAGUGGGUGCUAUCCUAGUUAUCAAUUUCAAGAUAAGGGUGUUGAUGAUAUGAUGGUUCGAAUUAGACAAAUUCAAACGGAUUAUGAUGCAGCACCAUACGAUGGAUCUAAAACACUUCCAGAAAGUGCAGUUAUUUUAGAAAACUUAAAUACAAUAGGAAUGAAUAAGUCUAUUACAUUAAAAGUAUUAUAUUCAUUAUUUGUUAUGGAUGAAGAUCCAUUUAAAAGAUGUACUACGUUUGUAAUGCAAUGGUGGUCAAAUGCAUUAAUAAAUAAUGAAAAAGCAAAAAGUCAAUUAGUAAGAGGAAUAGGAGGAAUACCUCCAGCAAAGAUUUAUGAUGUUAUGUAUGAUUCAAUUUUAUUUUUCGUAUAUACACCAAUAGUUUUUUCAUUAUCAAUGCCACAAUGGUUAUAUAUUGUAGUUGAUGAUAAAUGUAAUAGAGUAAGGGAAAUGAUGAAAAUGUUAGGAAUGAAAAUGACACCAUAUUGGGUGCUUCAUAUUGUUUAUUUCUUUUGUAUAUUUUUGAUUCAAUUCAUAUUAUAUUGUUUGUUAGGAGUAUUAUUUGGAGUAACAUUUAUUUUAGAUGUAAAUUGGGGAUUAUUAUUAGGAGUUUUUGCUGGUUAUGGAUUAUGUCAAGUAUGUAUUAUUCCAUUAUUAAAUUCUUUAUUUGAUGAUAGUGCAAUAGCGUCAACAGUUGUAACAGUUGCAAUUGGAUUAAGUGUAGUUAUUGGAGAAUUUUUAGGAACAACAACAGCAACUAAUGGUGAAUGGUAUUGUAUUUAUCCACCAUUUGCAUUUGUUCAGGCAUUAGAAAGAAUGAAUAGUGAUUUAUUAAUAUUUAAAACCGUAAAUUAUCGUUCCAUUUAUUGGCCAGUAUUUGUAUCAUUAUAUGGAUGGCCAAUAAUAUUACUUAUUAUUGGAUUAUAUUGUGAUAUGGUUCUUCCUAGAAAAUAUGGAACUCCUGAAAGUCCAUUAUUCUUUUUAAAAUGGUUAAAUAGGAGAAGAAAUGACCUUGGAGAAUCAAAAAUUAAAAAUCCAAAAUCAGAAGAUAGUGAUGUACAAAAAGAAUAUAAGAAGUUUCAAAAAAGAGAAUGGAAUUCAAAAUCACCACUUAUUAUUAAUGGAUUAAUAAAAACAUUUAAACAAAUGGGAAAUACUCAAAUUGCAGUAAAUCAAUUGUGUCUUGAAGUUGGUAAUGAAACAUUUGGAUUAUUAGGUCAAAAUGGUGCAGGGAAGACUACUACUAUUUCAAUGUUAACCGGAUUAAUAGAACCAAAUGGAGGAUCUGCAACAGUGUGUGGAUAUAAUAUCCAUAAUUCUAUGGAAGAUGUUCAUACUGUAGUAGGAGUUUGCCCACAAUUUGAUGUUUUAUGGCCAGAUUUAACAACUUAUGAAAUUAUUUUGUUUUAUUGUAGAUUAAAAGGACAUUUUUUAAAAUCAAAAAGCGUUGCAAAACAUAUUUUAGAAGAUGUUGGGUUAUGGAGUGAUAAAGAUCCAAAACCACAAAAUAGAAGAAGUUCACAAUUAUCUGGUGGUAUGAGAAGAAGACUUAGUAUUGCAAUUGCUAUGACUGGAAAUCCUAAAGUUAUAUUUUUAGAUGAACCAACAACUGGAUUAGAUGUUGCUAUUAGAAGAGAUGUUUGGGAUUUAAUUUUAAAAAUUCAAAGAAAUAGAUGUAUUAUUAUUACUACUCAUUCUAUGGAAGAGGCUGAUGUUUUAUGUGAUAGAGUUGGUAUUAUGUCAGAUGGAGAUCUUAUUGCAUUAGGUACUUGUCAAAGAAUUAGGAAUCAUUAUGCACCAGGAUAUUAUAUAAAAAUUGCUUCAGAAGAACGAAUAGAAGUUACUAAUUUCCUAAAACAAUUACUUGGAGAAGAUGUUGAAGUACAAGAAGAAAGAGGUAUAUUAACAGCAAUGAUUCCUAUUGACAAAAAAAGACUGAGUAAUAUUUUUAGUGAAGUAUUAGAACAUAAAGAAGAAUUAAAAAUUGAAGAUUGGGAAAUUCAACAAAAAGGACUUGAAGAUGCAUUUAUAGAAAUUAUUGAAGCUGACAGAUCAAGUAAGUCAUUAAUGUAA